AUGUCGAGCCAACGCGACGAAGCCUACAAGUCUCUGAUGAGGGGCUUGAAUGAGCUGGACAUCACUGGUCCUUAUGUUCCCAGUGUUCUCGAUCUGAUCGGAGAUAAGGCCUUUCCACUGGCGAUGAACAGCCAUGGCCAAAUCCUGAUGGCUGCCUCUACGUAUGGUGCUGGCAGAAUUGUUGUCCUGGGUCACGAAGGGUACCUGACCACCUUCCCCACUUUGACGGAGAACGCGGUGGCUUGGCUCAAGGGUGAUGGUCCCUACAACCCGCUGGUGGGAGUCCACCAAACCAUCCAGGAAGUCGCCGAUAACCUCAACGCGUCAUGCAUCCCGGCUAAAGUUGUGAGUGGUUUCAGCAAGGACCUGGGGCUGGGUGUGUUCGUGGCUAAAGCCUACUCAGUCGAUGGAGAAGCGGAAGAGCUGGUGGAGUUCCUGAAGAAAGGCGGAGGAAUUCUGAUUGCCGGGCAGGCCUGGAGCUGGGCUUACAAGAAUCGUGGGAAGAGCACCAUACUUCAUUUUGUGGGGAACCAGGUGUCCAGCGUGGCCGGGAUCUACUUCUCCCGAUAUCAUGCUGCCGUGGAGCCGCUGUCCGUGGAGCCGCAGAUCCCGUUUUCCUGGAAGUCGCUUGCAGUCAGGGAGAAUUUCAAGGAUGACUUGGAGGUCUUGCUUCAGGGCAUUUCUGAGUUCAAUUUCAAGGUCGAUAAGAUGACUCUAUGUGAACUUUUGGUUCAUGGCUUGCUUGCGUUUCCCAUUGGUGCCACCCCAGAUGGAAGGACGUUCCUGGCUGGAGCGUACUACGGCAAAGGUCGAGUCGUUGUGGUCACUCAUGACAUACUGCUUGCGAUUGAGUGGCUGGCUCCUCUGUGGAAGAAUGUAAUGACCUGGCUGGACAGAGGUCGGAAUGGUAUCACCGGAGUCGCUAUUCCAAAUGCGUACAGCCUCUUCGCUAAAUCUGGGAUCAACUGUCAGCAGACCGACCUCAGGAAAGACCUGAGUGUGUACGUUUGUAAAGCCUACACUAAUGACAUUGCAGAAGAGUUACAGGAGUUCGUGGCAGAGGGAGGAGGGCUGCUGGUUGCAGGGCAAAGCUGGUACUGGGCGCAAACCAACAAGUCGCAGAACGUCCUGACCGACUAUCCAGGAAACAAGUUCAUGUACAAUAUGGGCAUGAGUUUCAUGAGUGGCACCAUUCGUAAUACCGUCUACCCGGUUCCUGAUCCCAGCCGGGACAUCAAGGAAACCUACCACCUUCGGCACAUGAUCCACCGCUUUGUCGCUCACGCCACACACGGAUCCCCUCUUUCCAUGUUUGAGGAGGGAAACCUCAAAAAGCUGGGAAUUGAUUGUGCGGCCUUCCUGCAGAUGGAAGCUCACCACUGUGCCUCCUACUCUCAUGUGCUCGAUGUUCUCACCGACUUGGUGAAGACAUGUGGGAUGCCUCAGAUGAGUGAGAGCACCCCGGUGACGGGCAGCAAAGCCCACGCCCUCUUGCACGUGGGAGCGGCACUGUACAGAGUCUACCCCGACCGUGAUGCGCUGCUGCCUCACCUCAUCAAGAGCAUCCCUUCACUGCCUGUUGUCCACAACACCAAAGUCACGUUGGAUGUGAACACCGCAGGUGGAUCAGAGAUGAUCAGCACUGGACUUUACCUCACGCCUUGUCUGGAGACCUCCAUAGUUGUACCAGAGCAGAUCGUCAACAAGAACUGGAUGAUCCUAAUCGGGUGUCAAACAGACUUUCUGAAGAAAGACCUGCUCAAGAGGCCGCCCAUUGUUUGUGAGCGGAUUUAUGUCAAGGCACAAAUGAUGACGGUGUCCAACAUGUAUGGAGGGCUCAUCUACCUGAUGGCCCCACCGCAUACCCGAAUGGACCAGGUGGAGAUCACAGUGCAGGUGGCUGUGCAGGCGCCGUACUAUAAAUUUGGCGUCACCACAGAAGCAGAGUGGUUGACGCUUCGGUCAGCCCCGGCUCCCUGGGCCGAGCUGGAGUUCGAAAACAUCAUCUUCUCAGUACCUUCUGAGGUUGUGCGUGAACUGGACAAGCCAGACGAGUUGGCUGCGUUAUGGAACGCCAUCAUGAGGGCCGUCGCUGAUCUGGCUGCCACUUCACCAAAAUUCUCCCGCAAAGAGAGAUUUGUGACAGAGGUCCAGAUUACUCACGGUGUGAUGCAUGCUGGGUACCCCAUCAUGGCACUUUAUGUCGCAGCCCCUCAGGUGACCAGCAUCGAUCACAUCAUGACCAAAGGCUUGUGGCCUCCGAUCCACGAACUCGGCCACAACCAGCAGAGAGACUGCUGGGAGUUUAAAUACCACACCACUGAGGCCACCUGCAACAUUUGGAGCGUCUAUGUGCACGAAGAAGUGUUGAAGAUCCCCAGAGCUCAGGCUUAUCGGGACUUGACCCCAGAAAGGAGGAAGGCCAACAUUGAGAAAUUUGUCAGAAGAGGAAAAAGACUGGAUGACUACAACUACUUUAUUGCCCUGGAGACAUAUCUGCAGCUCCAGGAAAAAUUUGGAUGGAAUGCUUUCAAGAAGGUGUUCGGUGCCUACCACAAGAUGACCCGCUUCCCAACUGACAAAAAUGAGAAGAUGAACCUCUACACUGAGACCUUCUCUGAAGCCGUGGGGAUGAAUCUGUGUGGGUUCAUGAAAGCUUGGAGCUGGCCCAUAUGUUCCACGACGGAGAAGAAGCUCUCCAGCCUGCCGCCCUGGAAUGACCAUCCCAUGGUCCAGUACAUGUAA